CGCGUCACCAUGGCAACAAUGCCCCCUUGCCUUGGGAUAUCCUCGGCUGUUUUUCAACAGUUAUUAUCGAGCUCCUACGAUUAACUUCAACCAUGUCCAAUGCAGUAGUAUAUAGUCUGGGUUUUAAUUAAAAGACAUAAGAUGACGGAUAUUUUGUGCAGGUGGCUGAACGAGGAACUCAAGCUGUCAAAAGCGAUUGAGCCAAAGACCUUUGCCAAGGAUUUCUCCAGUGGCUACCUAAUUGGGGAAGUUCUUCAUAAAUAUCAGAUGCAAAAUGAUUUCAGUAUGUUUAUGAAAAAAGACACCCCCAUCUCCAGAAUGAAUAAUUUCACCCGCCUUGAGCCCACACUCAAGUUACUUGGGAUCUCCUUCAACCUGAACACAGCUCAGGACCUGAUGCAGGAGAAGCAGGGUGUUGCCACACGCCUCCUCUACCAGCUCUAUGUCACCCUUGAAAAGAAGAAGAAAGGAGACAUCAGUGGCACAUUGAUGGAAAUCAUGCAACCCGCAGCCAAAGCAGGCUUGCACAAAAAGGAGCAUGAAAUCUACUCUGAUCGACUGCAUCAAGUGGUAAAGCGUGAUGCAGAUCAAAAGCUACAGAAAAUUUCGCAGCACUAUGAAGAGAAGUACCAGCCAAUGGACGACAGGUUUGAGAUGACCCGUCCCAUCCAGCAACAGAGACCACUCAGAGUCCAGGAUGAGAAGAGAAUGAACAACAGUGAGAAGUUGUUGGUGUCUCGUGAGAAGCAAAAACGCAUCAUUACUUGUAACCUGGCCGCUACUGUCCAGGUGCCCAAGCCACCUCCCUACACUUCACAGCUCAACCUUAAAAGAAGGCAACAACAGCAUCAACGCCAUGAACAAGAAGCGCAGACUGUCAAGACUGAAAUAGCCCAGUUCGAGACAAGGAAGAAAUUGCUUACUUAUGCUGUUCCUUCCUCUUCAAGUGGUCAGCCUGUCCCUAGAGAUGUUGUUCCUGGUGGCAGCAGCCAGGGCUGUGAGCUCCCUGAAAGUGGAACUAAGCUGACCUUACAAUCUUAUAGCAAGUAUAUACAGAAUAUCCGACAGAGGCUUGAGGAAAGUGCUGGAGCUCGGGAAAAGAGAGAGAAAAGACGGGACAGAUUCCUGGUGGAGCAGCUCAAGGCCCAUGAAGCUCAAGAGGAUGCCCGGCGAGAUGAGCAGCUGGUGAAGCGUCUGACACGUCAGACCCAGCAGGAGCACCGUUUGGCAACUCAGCUUCUGCAGAUACGCAUGCAGAAGGAUGUGAUACGGGAGAACCGGCUGUUCAGAGAGCAGCAGUACCAGCAGCGGAGAGAGAAGGACUUCCUGGAAGCUCUGGAGAGGGAGGCGGCUUUGGCUCAGCAGGCUAAAUUGGACCGUGCCGAAGAUAUCCUAAAGGAGCGUGAAUUCUGUAAGAGGAAUGCUGCUGAGCGAGCUCAGAGCAGAUACAAGAAGCACUUUAAGAGCUGCAAGGACAUUUUGGAGCAGAUAGUGGACUUGACCACCAAGGUUGGAGAAUACCGACAGCUCACUGAGAAUCAGAUCCCAGAGAAGUCCAUGAGAGAGUGGAAAGAACUGCUGUUCAAUGGUCUGCCUCUCUAUGAGCCGAUACACUGCCAGCAGCCAGAGAUUGAGUUCACUCCCCCACUAGAUCCUGUAGAGCUUGAGAAGCAGGAGAUACUGAACAACCAGGACUAUGAUGAAUACACUAACAUGGUAGAUGAGUGGGCAUGGCCAGAGGAAGCAGGGGAAACCAAACCAACCCUGACCAACAACAACAUUCUUGGACACGUUGUCCUACGACUGAGGAACAUGGUUCAUCAACCCAUCACUAAACCCUCCUCACCCUCAUUCCCUCACUUUACCUUUAAGGCCUGUGUCCUGGGAAAGCUUUGCUCUGGCAAGACCACCUGCCUGGCCAAGUUGGCUGAAGCCCAUGGCAUCAAUAUCCUAUCUGCGGACACGCUCAUUGAAGAGGCGCUGGAUGCUAACCGAAAUGGAGAACAGGUUCGGGUCACAGAAGAGCAGGAAGAGAAAGGCAAUGAGCACUUGCUCACAUCCUGCACAUCACUGGAGCCUGACCUUGAAACUGAAGAGACAAGUAGAAAGAGCACCUUAAGACUGUCUACCCGGGCCAUGCAGGGAGCGGCUGCAGACAAAGAGCUGAGGGAAGGCAACCCCAUCCCUUAUGAUCUGGUAGUGGACAUCAUAGUAGAGGCUAUCAGGCAGGUUCCAGCUCAGUCAGGAUGGAUCCUGGAUGGCUUUCCAUUGGACAUCACCCAGGCCUUCCUGCUAGAGAGAGCCCUGGGUGGGUGUGUAGAUGAAGGGAAUUGUGUUGUGAACAGCAGGACAGACCUUGCUGCUGAUCCUAACCCACCCGAACCUCCAACACCCCCACCUCCUGUACUGGACCUGGCUCUGCUGCUGGACAUCCCUGAGGAGUGUGUGAUCAGACGAGCUUUCAGUCAUACAGAUCAAGAUAGUGCCUGUCUCAAAGACAAGACCUUGUAUCUGGCACAGAUUCCUCACAGAAUUGUAGGUUUUGAAGACACCUGGCCCAAACUAGAGGAUUGGUUUGGUGAAAAGCAAAGCAUUCUGGUUCGUAUUGAUGCAGAUGUGGACGAAGAUGAGCUUUACAAAAGGAUGGAGUCUGUCCUGCAGCAAGUUUGGAUGCAAACACAGGAAGAUGUAAUGUUGGACAGUGGGAAAGCUCCUGACUGCCCCUCUUCAGCUGAACUUCCACCUGUAGGCCAACCUCAGGACGUUUCACACGAAGCCCCCGAUCCCACAGAGUCCAAAACCAACUUAAGGCACUCUAGGAAGGCAUUUAUGUCCUCAGUGAUCAAUGAAGCCUCUCAGGGGGUCCCAGUAAACCCACCUGAGUCUCCCUGCCCAGGUUAUUCCAGCUGGGAAUAUGUGGAUGAACCCCUUCCUCCAGAAGUCCCAGGGUUCAUGUGCCCCCAUUGGGACACAGUGUGUGAUUCCUAUGUGAAAAACGUAAAGACAGUAAUGCAGCAGAUCCGCUCGCAAAGCAGUGUUAUUAACCAUCACCUAUUCAACAUCAGAGAGGACUACAAACAUUACCUUGGACGUCCUGACUUAAGGCAGGAGCUGGUGUCUCAUUGGCAAAAGGACUUCAACAGCAUACCUGACGAUAUGAGGAAAGACGAGGAUACCAAAGCAGAGCUGCAUCUGAGACUGGAUGAACUGCGUGAACGUCUUUGGGACAUUAGUGACAAGUGUAAGGAGGAGGACGAGCAAGAGAAGGCCGCUCUCAUGGGGGACGGCUGGUUGGAGGAACACACGGUCAUCCUCAUCAACUAUCACUCUAAACUCAUGCAGGUAGAGUCAGACCGUCUCCAGGAUACACUCUGUAUUCUAAGAGUCUACUAUUUGAGCAUGUGCAGAGAGGUGCUGCCUGAGCUACCCUCCAGGUUGGCUUGUAUCCCCCUUCUUGACUUCCCAGAAGUGAAGGAUCAGGACGAGAGUCCUGACUCCAAGGAGAAAAUCCAGGAUCAGACAGAACCUGUCAAGCUUCCCCAAGAUAAACUGACCUCUGACUACACGGAGGCACUCAGAGGCAUCAGCAAAUUGGUAUCAGCAGAAGCCCACCAGGGGGAGAUGAAAGGGAAGAAGGGGAAACCACAAGAGAAGGAGAAGGCACAGCAGGCCUCUGCAGAUGCAAACAAAAACGCAAAAGGGAUGAAAGGUCCACCAUCCCCCCACCUUGAACCCAGCCCUUCACCAGCUGAUACUUAUGAAGAUGUCAAACUGAAAAUACAUAAAGAAUAUGCUGCCACACUGGCUCAAGAGGAGAAUGCAGCAAAAAUGCGCAUUGCGCUGGUAAAAGGUCACGGUCUGAGGAUAGUGAACUCCCUGCAGAGUAGAGCAGAGGAGACUUUAAGCAACAUGGAGAAGUGGUUAGAAGCACACUAUCUUCCAGCCAUGAAAAGUAUUGAUCAACUCUCCGAAGUGAUCCGCCAUCAUAUUGAGGCUGGUGAUAAGUUGAAAUUUGAACUGGUGUUGGAAUGUACUGACUUCUACCUGAAUGGAGACUGCCUCAUGGUGGCUAGCCCAGCCCCCCCUCCCCGCCCAGCUCCUCUGGAGAAACCCACAGGGUCCACCCCAACAAUCACCCAGCUACAGUCCCUCCACCAACAGCUAUGCAACGUUGCUCCAUCAGGCCUCAUAUCCAGUUCUGAGUUCUACAGUUUGCUCAGGGAUCUCAUAGUUGUUACACUGGGCAAAAACACCUUGCCUGAGCCCUGGAUUAAACAGAAUGAAACACAGAUGAUGGAGAUUGUGUCUCUGCUAACAGAUGAAUAUGAGCUGAUAGACUGGCGUAAGUUUCUGCUCAGUGCUGCCCUCCCUUGGCCAUUCCCCUCCCUGUCACAGCUGCUGACUGUGCUCCAACGCUUCAAGGCAGCAGAUCGUGGAAACACAGGCUAUAUAAACGAGGAGCAGUACCUACAGACCGAGCUGUGGUUUUCCAGUGAGAGUGUCCUGCCCGUCCCAGAAGACCCCUCAGAGCCUCUACCUUAUGACCGUCUGGCUAACCUACGCAAGUUUUUUUUCCAGUUGUUUGCGGACCACUCUUUCUCUCCAUCUCGACUGGAUUAUUUAACCAUGCUGCAGUACUUUGCAGCCGACCCUAACCCCAGACAGGGCUUCAUCAGAGCGCUCAGUGUCGUGCUAGGACAACAUCUCAAGCACUCCUCCCAGGGACAUCUUGUCAAGUCGAUGCCCAGUAUAGAAGAGGCUACAGAGUUGGAUGAAGACUACAGAGAAGCAGAGUGUGCGUUAGCAUCAAGCAGUCUGCUGGGGGAACAGGAAGUGUCCAUCCCUGCUCUCCUCGCUGUCAUCUCCCAUAAAGUCACCAAAAUAAAAGACGUCAUCCACCUUCCUCCAGACUGCCUGAGUCAAGAGGAGCACACUGAGCAACUGGCACAUAUAUUCAGAGCGCUGGGCUACAUGCCUGAAGACUGUAUCCCCUUCUCCGUUCUCUCUCUGCACCCUUUCAUCCAGGAUUUGAUGGAGACCUCAACACACUUUCAGCUUGUAAACAUUCAUAGAGUGCUACUGGCUCAUCGAGAUGAAGGAGAGGCUAACAGCUCAACAGUUUCCUAAAGGAUGACACACAUAUGUUCUGCUCCACAUUGAAAAUGCUUUGGCCAAGUGUGAAGUAUUCUCGUUACAGUUACCUUUGACAUCUUCGAUUAUAUCUAUGGCUUAUUUCAUUUUUGAAUAAAUAUAUUUACAACCGUAACUUGGGUCAUCAUGUAGAAAUGUCUGUAACAAACGGUGGUUGAAAUGACAACAAUAACAUCAAUGAUGUCAGGAUUGACCCCUCUUACUCGUUUUUCCCCCCGAUACACUCCAGCAGUUUUUCUGACUGACUUGUUUUUCUAAUGACCCUUCUGACACAGAAAGGCAUUGGUUGUGGCUACAAUGAGUGCAUUGUCCAAGAUAACCUACAUCUCAAGCCUGACUUACCAGCAACUGCCUGCCAGGGCACCCUCAGCCUGUCACUGCCCCGUCAGCAGUCAUGUGUUCUGGUGGCUACUCUCUCUAGCAGUCAGUGCCGCCUGCCUAUCAAUCACAAUUACGUUGUAUGCUGUUUUCUUUUUUAAUGAGCAUGUAAAUAAGGUAAUCAGUUUUGAAAGCUGGCUGUUCUUGUGACUUGCCACUUAUUAACACAUUAAUUUCAAUUAGGUACAGGUGUCACAAUCAUAUUAUUAUCAUCAUAAAAUGCCUCUCUAUUCUUAUUGGUGGAGGGGGUCACAUUCUUCAGCAACUUUGAGAGAAUGUGACUCUUUCUUUUUGUCUGAUUUGAAACAAUAUGGGGGAUACCCCCCCCCCCCCCCCUCACACACACACACCCCUCUGACCCACCUCCCUUUCU